CGGCGACGCUGGCGCAGUCCCGUGACUGCGCGCCCCGCCCGGAGCCGCGGCCGCCGUCAUGCAGUCACCGGCGGUGCUCGUCACCUCCAGGCGAGUUCAGAAUGUCCACACAGGCAUCGACCUGUCUGUGCCCCAACACCAGGAGGUGCGGGGCAAGAUGAUGUCCGGCCACGUGGAGUAUCAGAUCCUAGUGGUGACCCAGCUGGCUGCGUUCAAGUCCGCCAAGCACAGGCCCGAGGAUGUCGUCCAGUUCUUGGUCUCCAAAAAGUACAGCGAGAUUGAGGAGUUUUACCAGAAAUUGAGCAGUCGUUAUGCAGCAGCCAGCCUCCCCCCGCUCCCCAGGAAGGUCCUCUUUGUUGGGGAGUCUGACAUCCGGGAAAGGAGAGCCGUGUUCAGUGAGAUUCUGCGCUGUGUCUCCAAGGAUGCCGAGUUGGCUGGCAGCCCCGAGCUGCUAGAAUUCCUAGGCACCAGAUCCCCAGGGCCUGUGGGUCUCACAAGCAAAGAUUCCUCUGUCCUGGAUGACGCACACAGCCAGGUAGGGGACGAUGAGGAGGCUUUUGACUUCUUUGAGCAGCAAGACCGAAGGGCCGGUGAGGGUCUGCCCACCCUGGGCCUGAAGGACGAAGACUCAGAAAAGACCCUGGAGGAGGAAGAGGAGGAGGAGGUAUUGGAUCCUCUGGGCAUCAUGCGCUCCAAGAAGCCCAAGCAACCCCCUAAAGUGGCUGUGAAAUCCCGGCCCUCACCCCGGCUCACCAUCUUUGAUGAGGAGGUGAACACGGACGACAGGCUCUUUGGCCCCGGCAGGAAGCACUCCCCACAAAGCCCCUCAGAGGAGCCACCUCCCUCAGACCCUCUGAAGCUGUUUGAUGAUCCUGACCUCGGCGGUGCUGUCCCCCUGGGUGACUCCUUAUUGCUGCGGCCAGCCCCCUGUGAGAGUGGAGGCCCCACAUCCAGCCCCUGCCACGGGGAUUCCUCUGAGGAGCUGUUCAGAGUCGAAGAGGACUUGGACCAGAUUCUGAACCUGGGUGCUGAGGCCAAACCCAAGCCCCAGCCUAAGCCCAGGCUACUGGUGGCAGCAAAGCCAGCACUACCCAGAAAGCCAGCUGUUCCCCUCAAUGCAGGCCCGUCUGAAGCAGCAGCUGGGCCGCAGAAGCCACAGCAGCAGAUCCAAGCCAUGGACGAGAUGGACAUCUUACAGUAUAUCCAGGACCACGACACACCUGCCCAGGCCACCCCCAGCCUCUUCUGACCUGCCCGCCACAUGCUGGCCCUGGCCUGGGCAGGCCUGUCUGGGCGGUGUGGGGGAGGGGCAGGGUGCCCUGUGGGGCCAGGACUCCGUUCCACCCAAAGGAGUUGGGUGGAACCCUGGGUCACAGGACCCACAGCUGCAUUUUCCCCUUUUCUCAAGGGCUUUGGGGCCACAGUGGAACCUUGUAGGCUGCAGAGAGUAGAGGUCCUCCUAGAAAUUGAAAUCCAAGUUGUCUCAGUCCCCAUGGAUAUGGAGGGGAGAAUGUGAAGAUGCCUUGCCACCUAGGAGCCCAACCGCAAAGAUGGACGCAGGCCCCAAGGAGGUGUCAGAUGGGCCCUUGACUCUGCCAGCCCCAGAAUAGGAGGGAGGGCCUGGCCAGCCUGAGAUGAGGCCUGUCUAUGCCAGGCCACUCCAGAGUCUCUGCAGGGGCUCAGUGGUCCCCGCUAAGAGGCAUAUUGAGCAGGAGAGUCAAGCCAUCUGGGCUGUUCGGGACUUCUCCUGAGCACCCCCUGGUUACCAGCUCUGAGAGGAGAGAGAAGUCAGGCCCAGCCCUGCCUUUUGAGUGUGGAAGGCCCUGUCAGGCUCCAAGGUUUCCUCCCUCUUCCUUUCCCAGGGAAGUACUGGCCAACCAUUGCCUACUUUGGCCUCAGGAGACAAAGCCAGCAUCCAGCAUUGCAGCUGUCAGCAGAGUGGGUCACAGCCGCCACCCCCCCAACUCAGCAGGGGGCUGGUCUGAGCUUCCAUCUGGUUCCGCCUCCCUCUCCCAGGGGCUCCAUGCUCUUGGGCUUAUACGCUUAGGCCUUCACUGUCCUCAGGGUCUGGACCUGAUCUGUGGCCUUUCAGCAGCAGAGCUGCCUUUCCAGGGGGCAGGAACUAUGUGACAGGGCAGGGCCAGUGCCUUAGACUUCUCCUGACCCCUCAGAGCCCUGGCACACAGGUCUGAGCACCAUGAAAGUGCUCAGGAAAUUCUCAGAUGUUUAAUGGAGCAAAGAAUGUUAGGAUGUCUUUCUUGGAUAUAUUCUUUAUGUUCAGGGCUAGUUUUUAAUGAAAUGCAACCACUGUUGUUCCUUGGUCCUGUCCUGCCUGGCAGAGGCAUUAGAGGGACUGGGACUAGAACCCCAGACCCUUUUCUGAUAUGCACCAAGAGCCAACCCUGAGGGCCCCGAUUGACACUGGGUUUUUGCAACCAUCAGGGUCUAGUACCGCCAGUGCCUACCCUGUGCCAGGACCUGUCUGCUUUGUCCUGCAUCUUACCACGUCCCCCACCAGCUCCUAGUCCUGGACAGAUCCCUGCCCUCCCCUCUACCUGUGCCAGAGUGAGAGGGAACCGGCGGUUCAGGGACAAAGAGCUAAGUUUCCUCUUUCACCCUGGCUCUGCACCCCUUGCUGAUGGCAGAAGGGUCCCUGGGAGGCAUGGGGAGGUGGGGUCUAUGUCUCCCUCGGGCUCCUUCCCCUUCCCACCCUGUCCUAUGCAUCUGUCACCUUUGGUUAACAGGGCAGAGAACACACAGGGCUAAUGGCUGUGGGGUUGAUCCUCUGGUUGGGGUCCUGGCCUGCCACCCUAGUUUGGG